AUAUUUUUCUAUUUCCAGAACUUUAUUAAAUUCGUUUGACAUGGGAAAAAUGUCUUUAAAUGAAGUUAUUUUCUAUGAAAAGUGUUAUACCUUGAAAAACUACUUUAUGUACAUUUUUCAGUGACGCGCAAUCAUUAAGAUAAAGUAUGAGAUAAAAUUUUGAUAAUGUUAACUACAGCAUAUCUGUUCUUCCCAAUCUCUCUCCGGGCGAAUUUGCAGUGCCGGGUACUCUCUAUUUCUCCGGCGAACUUCACGAUCUCCCUGCAAAAAAAAUUAGCAGAAAUGGAAUGAUGUUUGAAUGUCUGACAAUUGUUAAUACUGCACGGAAAUUGGAUAAAAGUACAGAACUACUUUAUUUGAUAGCUACCUAGCUAGCUAAGUCAAAGCAUUGCAAGUGUUACUUAUUCUGGUAAAAUGCUUUCUUAAAUCGUCUAAAUUACAAAGUGUUUCUACUUCAGAUCACAAAUCACAACUGAGUUUUUUUUAUUGCUAUACUCUGAAUAAUAGAAGAGUUAUUAGCCGUUCUGAUCAUCCUUUCAGUCUUCUCACAACAAGAGGGACAAGAUUUUAGAUCAGUGGGUUCAGUUCUGACUCGAUCUGGUGAAUACGAGUUAAUUUGGUCUAGACUUCAUCAAUUUUCGACUUGCUCCAUGGACAUAUCCCGUUCCCAUUUUUCUCAGCGCGAACACAAUGAUGAAAAUGAAUACAAGAAAGAUGAUCAAAAUGACAGUGAUAUGCUCUCAAGCUUUCCCAAAGAAAAUGGUUGGAUGGUUAAACAUCUUUACCAAUACGAGUCCUUUUGGUUUAGUCCAGCAGCUAUUAGAGGUAUUAAGAGGGUGCAAGAAUGCUUCAAUGCUCAACCCACAGAUUUUUUUCUAGCUACUUUCCCAAAAGCAGGAACAACAUGGUUCAAGGCCCUUAUUUUCUCCAUCACGAAUCGUGCUCGAUUCGAUUUCUCCUCUCACCCUUUGCUUGCCAAGAGUCCCCAUGAUUGCAUUCCCUUCGUGGAAUCCAUCAUACAAGAUGAAACUUCCUACCGAGAUUACCAAAUUUCGUGUUCGCCAUGUUGCCUUUUCGCAACCCACAUUCCUUACUCUUUGUUACCAGCAUCUGUAGUUUCGUCUGGUUGCAAAAUUGUGUAUGUUUUUCGCGAUACUAAAGAUGUUUUUGUUUCAACUUGGCAUUAUAUGAUAAAAAUAAGACCCAAAGAACUACCAUCUUUUCCGAUUGAAGAUGCCUUUGAUCUGUUUUGCAAAGGUGUCUCACAUUGUGGACCCUUUUGGGAUCAUGUCUUGGAUUAUUGGAAGGCAAGCAUGGAAAAUCCGAACAAGAUACUUUUCAUAAUGUACGAGGACAUGAAGAAAGAUCCCAUUCUCUGUCUUACCAAAUUGGCUAAGUUCUUGGAUAGGCCUUUUACCUUGGAAGAAGAGAGAGAAGGGGCUGUGCAGGAGAUUGCAAGGCUUUGUGGAUUUGAGAGUUUGAGUAGUUUAAAAGUAAACCAGACCGGAGUGAUGCAUUUCAAUUCAAUUGUAGUUGAGAACCGGCAUUUCUUGAGGAAAGGUCAAGUUGGAGAUUGGAAAAACCAUCUGACGCUAGAGAUGGCCCAACUGUUGGAUGAAAUCACUAGGCAGAAAUUUGCUGGGACUAGCUUGAUAGAAACUUUGUUUGUCGAUACAAUACCCUCUACUGUCGAGGCAUAAGUUAGUGCUCUAAGCUAAGUACCAACUACCAAGGGAUAAAUCGCUAGUCAAACAGUAUAAACAGCAAUCAAAUGACAUUAUGAUUUGCUCCAGGGUUGUAAGAAAUAAAUACUUGCUUCACUGCCAUUCUUUAAAUUCUUAGCCUUUUUUAAUAUGCAAAUGUAAUUGUUCUGGUGUUGGUGCAAUUGUAAAGUGAUUUUAUUCCAUUAAACUUUCAUUCCGUAAAGAAUGAUUUCGUACAUAUUAAUAGCAGUGAAAACAAUGAGUGGCUUGACACCCUAA